GCCGCAACAGCCACAGAAGAAGACGCAGAAGCAGGAAGUGGCUGUGAACCCUGGUCGUCCAUCAGCUGUUGGGGAACGUCAUUAAGUAGAACAUCUGGAUCGCUGUGAAACAUCCCAUAAUAAUCGGCUUCAGCGAGUGUCCCUGACAGCAGCUGCUACAAUGUCGGCGGUGGACGUGGAGGACGAGAGCAUCCUGGCCUCCAUCUUUAAGGACAGCUUCCCGGACAGCCGGAGGGACAACCCGGACUUCACCGCCUACCUGGCCGAGCUCAGCUCCUUCGGGGUGGACACUCUGAGCCGGGAACCGGAGCGGCUGGCGGAGGAGCGGGCUCAGAUCCUGCAGCAGACCCGGGAACUGGCCUUCUCCAACUACCAGACCUUCAUCCGAACCGCGGACUGCACCGAACACAUCUACCGGGACUUCGGCCGGGUGGAGGGCAGCGUGUCCCGGCUGCUGGACAAACUGCCCGGGUUCGGGGAGAGAUGCAGGGGCUUCAUGAAGGAGGCAGAGGACAUCGCAGUGAGUCGGAGGAUGAACAGCCUGACGUUGAACAGACACACGGAGAUCCUGGAGAUCCUGGAGAUCCCUCAGCUGAUGGACACCUGCGUCCGUAACGGAUACUACGAGGAGGCUCUGGAGCUCGCCGCCUACGUCAAGAGGCUGGAGAGGAAGCACUGCUCACUGCCCGUCAUCCAGGGAAUCGUGCGUGAGGUGCGUCAGUCGACUCAGCUGAUGCUCAACCAGCUGCUGCAGCAGCUGCGCAGCAACUCGCAGCUUCCCGUCUGCCUGCGUGUCAUUGGCUACCUGCGGCGGAUGGACGUGUUCACGGAGGCGGAGCUUCGGGUAAAGUUCCUGCAGGCGCGUGGCACCUGGCUGAACUCCAUCCUCGCCGCCAUUCCUGAGGACGACCCCUACUUCCACAUCACCAAAACCAUCGAGGCCUGCAGAGUCCACCUGUUCGACAUCAUCACCCAGUACAGAGCCAUCUUCUCUGACGAGGACCCGCUGGUGCCCCCCGCCGGCGGCCAGGUGCCGGUGAACGAGGCCGCCAUCUUCCACGGCUGGGUGGUGCAGAAGGUGGCUGAGUUCCUGGAGACGUUGGAGAGGGACCUGCAGCGGGGCGUGGGGGGCCGCCUGGACUCCCUGCUGGGUCAGUGCAUGUACUUCGGCCUGUCCUUCAGCAGGGUGGGGGCGGACUUCCGCGGCCAGCUGGCGCCGAUGUUCCAGCAGGUGGCGGUGGAGGCGUUCCGCAGGGCCGUGCAGGAGGCGCUGGACAAGUUCCAGGAGGACAUGAACAUGUACACGCUCAUCUCCCUGCCCUCGGUGCUGGGGGGCACCAUCCCCCCCGUGGCCCCCAGCCCCCAGCCCGGCACCCUGCAGCCCCCCAUGUCCCUGCUGGACUUCCAGCCGCUGGCCUGCUUCCUCAACAACAUCCUGACCGCCUUCAACGACCUGCGGCUCUGCUGCCCCGUCGGUCUGGCCCAGGACGUCACCAACUGUCUGGAAGACGCCCUGAAGAAGGUGACCCGUCAGAUUCUGGCGUUUCACCGGGCCGAUGAGUCGGCGUUCAGCGACAGAGAGAAGGUGCUGUUCGUUCAGUUCUGCUGUUCGUACGCCGACGACCUGCUGCCGUUCCUCAACCGCUGCCUGCAGGUCCUGUUUCCUCCGGCUCAGCUGGCGCUCGUUCUGGGUGUCCCUCCGACCCAGCUGCACAGGUACGGCAGUCUGGGCCGCAUCGACCUCCCCGCGGUCCUCGAGCCUCUGGACUUCCUGCUCCCACAGAGAGAGAUGGUGACGGCCGAAGUGACGUCUGUGACGGAGAUCGACAUCGUCGCCGAGCUGGGCGGGUUGACGUUUGAACCGGGAACAGAUCCUGAGCUCACACUGGAGCCAGCUGGUCCAGAACCAGCACCGACUCAGUCCGGUCUCACAGAACCGACAGAGGAACCAGAUGAGGAGACGAUACAGGAUGAAGAGUUCUCUUUAGAGUAACUGACACUGAUGGUUGAUAUUCACUCUGGGAGCUGGUGAUGGAAAUCUUAUUUUUGUUGAUUUUUAAUAAUAAAUUAAAUACUUGUGAACUUCC